AUGGCGGGGCCGCUGCCCCGCUGGGCGCCCUGGCUCUGCCUGCAGCUCCUGGGCGCCGCCGCCUUCAACCUGGACGUGGCCAACACCCUGCUCAAGGACGGCGACAAGGGCAGCCUCUUCGGCUUCUCCGUGGCGCUGCACCGGCAGCUCCGGCCCGAGCCCGCCAGCUGGUUGCUGGUUGGAGCCCCGCAGGCGCCUGCUCUGCCCAGCCAAGGCGCCAACCGCACGGGCGGCCUCUACGCCUGCCCGCUGAGCCACGAGGUCUCCGACUGCUGGCGAGUGCCCAUCGAUGACGGAGUGGAUCUGCAGCGGGAGAGCAAGGAGAACCAGUGGCUGGGGGUGAGCGUGAAGAGCCAGGGCCCCGGCGGUAAGAUCGUGACCUGCGCCCACCUCUACGAGACGCGGAACCGCGUGCGGCAGCCGCUGGAGACGCGCGACGUCAUCGGGCGCUGCUACGUGCUGAGCCAGGACCUGCAUGUGCGCGACGAGCUCGACGGCGGCGAGUGGAAGUUCUGCGAGGGGCGGCCGCAGGGCCACGACCGCUUCGGCUUCUGCCAGCAGGGCCUGGCAGCCGGUUUCACCGCCGACAGCCACUACAUCCUCUUUGGGGCUCCCGGCACCUACAACUGGAAAGGGAACGUGCGCGUGGAGCUGUUCAACCACAGCUCCCUGGACCUGGUCCAUUACGACGAUGGCCCCUAUGAAGCCGGGGGCGAGAAGGACCAGGACCCUUCGCUCAUCCCCGUGCCGGCCAACAGCUACUUGGGUAUUUUGUUUGUGACAAACAUUGAUAGCUCAGACCCCGACCAGCUCGUGUACAAAAGCCCCGACCCCAGCGAGAAGGUGCCCAGCGCGGCCGGCGACGUGGCCCCCAAUAGUUACUUAGGCUUCUCGGUGGACUCGGGCCGGGGCCUGACGCGGCGGCACGAGCUGAGCUUCGUGACGGGGGCACCGCGCGCCAACCACACGGGUGCCGUGGUCAUCCUGCGCCGGGACAGCGCCCAGCGCCUCGUGCCCGAGGCCGUGCUGCCCGGCGAGCAGCUCACCUCUGCCUUCGGCUACGCCCUGGCCGUGCUCGACCUCAACGGCGACGGCUGGAUGGACCUGGCCGUGGGCGCCCCCCACUUCUUCGAGCGCCAUGAGGAGAUCGGGGGGGCUGCCUACAUCUACAUCAACCCGGGGGGGCGCUGGGCGGCCGCCACCCCCCUGCGCCUCAACGGCACCUACGGCUCCAUGUUCGGCAUCGCGCUCAGCGCCGCCGGCGACCUCGACCAGGACGGCUUCAGUGACCUGGCUGUGGGGGCCCCCUUCGACGGUGCUGGCAAAGUCUACAUCUAUCACGGCAGCAAGCUGGGCAUCGUGGCCAAGCCGGCACAGGUCCUGGACGGGGAGGCCGUGGGGGUGCCGGCCUUCGGCUACGCCAUCGCGGGGGGGCUGGACGUGGAUGACAACCUCUACCCUGACCUGCUCGUCGGCUCCCUCUCCGACACCGUGGUUCUGUUCCGUGCCCGGCCCGUUGUCCACGUCUCGCACAACGUAACCCUGACGCCUCCCGCCAUCGACCUGGAGCAGAGCAACUGCCGCCACCACGAGGGCGUCUGCGUGGACGUCAGCACCUGCUUCAGCUACACGGCCAGCGCUGCCGGCUACAGCCCGCGGCUCACGCUCGAAUACGUCCUGGACGUGGACACGGAGCGGCGCCGCCGCGGCCAAGCGCCGCGCGCCGCCUUUCUGCACCGCCGGCCCGCGGACCCCGAGCACCAGCUCUCGGGGACGGUGGAGCUGCCGCGACCGGGCGCCCGCGCCUGCGCCCAGGCCACCUUCCAGCUCCAGGACGGUGUGCGGGACAAGCUGCGCCCCAUCGGCGUCACGCUGGCCUACGGCAUCCAGCAGGCGCGGGCGCUGCGGCGGGCGGCCCGCGCGGCGCUGCCGCCGCUGCCACCCGUGCUGGGUGCCCAGCAGCGCCGCAGCCAGCGCAGCGAGGUGCACUUCCUCAAGCAGGGCUGCGGCGACGACAAGGUCUGCCAGAGCAACCUGCGGCUGCGGGCGCAGUUCUGCUCCCGCCUGGGCGACGCCGACUUCCUGCCACUGCCCAAGGACGCCGACGGCACCGCCACCUUUGCCAUGAGCGACCAGAAGGACGUGGCCCUGGAGAUCCACGUCACCAACCUGCCCUCGGACCCCGCGGCGCCGCAGCGGGACGGUGACGAUGCCCACGAGGCCCUGCUGACGGCCACCUUCCCCGAGGAGCUGCCCUACUCCGCCGUGCGCCCCUACGACGCCCGCGCGCCCACGGACAAGCCGCUGCUCUGCGUGGCCAACGCCAACGGCUCCCAGGUGCAGUGCGAGCUGGGCAACCCGCUGCCGCGUGGCACCCAGGUCCGUUUCUACCUCAUCCUCAGCACGCUGGGCAUCACCCUGCAGACGCAGGACCUGGCUGUGGAGCUGGCCCUGUCCACGAUCAGCGAGCAGCCGGGACUGGUGCCGGUGGUGGCCCGGGCGCGGGUUGUCAUCGAGCUGCCGCUCUCGGUGACGGGGGUGGCGGUGCCGCCCCGGCUCUUCUUCAGCGGGACGGUGCGGGGCGAGAGCGCCAUGCGGCGCGAGAGCCAGGUGGGCAGCGCCGUGCGCUACGAGGUCACGGUCUCCAACCGGGGGCAGUCGCUGAAGACGCUGGGCUCGGCCUUCCUCACGCUGCUGUGGCCGCACGAGCUGCGCAGCGGCAAGUGGCUGCUCUACCCGCUGCAGCUGGAGCUGCUGGCGCCGCCCGCGGCCCCGGCCGCCUGCAGCCCCGCGGCCAACCCGCUGCGCCUGGCCCUGGAGUCUCCAGGGGAGGCCAAUCCCAGCGAGGCUCCGGCCUCGGGUUCCUGGUGGCUGCCGGCAGCAGCCGAGCGGCGCAAAAACAUCACGCUGGACUGCGCGCAGGGCACCGCCAGCUGCCUGGCGUUCCGGUGCCCGCUGCACAGCUUCGAGCGCGCGGCGGUGCUGCGGGCGCGCGGGCGCCUCUGGAACAGCACCUUCCUGGAGGAGUUCCUGGCCGUGACCUCCGUGGAGCUCGUUGUGAGGGCCAGCGUGUCCGUCACCUCCGCUGUCACCAACCUGGUGCUCAAGGACGCCUCCACGCAGAUCCCCGUCUCCGUGUACCUGGACCCCGGCGCCGCGGUGGCAGGGGGGGUGCCCUGGUGGGUCAUUGUCCUGGCUGUCCUGGCCGGCGUCCUCGUCCUGGCCCUGCUCGUCUUCGUCCUCUGGAAGCUCGGCUUCUUCCGCCGCGCGCGGCCGCCGCCGGCGCUGCCGCAGCACCGCGCCGUGAGGAUCCCGCGCGCCCGCCGCCCCGGGCCCGGCCCCGUCCAGCUGCGGCCUCGCGUGCCCGCUGCCCGCCUCGCCGCCAGCCCCGCAUAG